UCAGUCUGUGGAAACUUUUCGUGCCGUGCACUUUGUGAAACGGAACGGAGAAUAUAUUUUUGUCGUGGCGCGAGCUCAAACGAGUGCGAGAGGGAGAGAGCGCGAGAGUGUGCGACAAAGAGGCAGCGAAAAUCUGUGCGUGUACGAGAAAUCGAUAACAGCAGCUGAAGUGACAGAAGAAGAAGACGUGAAGGCAGUGGAGUAAUCGAAAGCGCGUGUGUGUCGGUGUCGGCGAAUGGAUUUAGUUUAAUGGAAAAUCCAAAGGGAAAAUGCUACAGAGGAAAACUCUUGAAGUAACAACGCAAUUGCUUUGAGACCCCAUUGAAAGAGGCUGCUACGAGUAAGGAUUGAGGCAGACAGAACUGGCAGGAAGAUGCACCUGCAAAACACGCACAACGCAGUGAAACCAGUGGAACCGCACGUCGCUAUGGAGUCCACAACCCCAGCAUGCCCAGCAUCCCCAGCAUCUCGGGAUGUCCGGCAGUUCCAUGAUCUGAUAACGUGCCGACUUUGUCGCGGCUACAUGAUCGAACCAACCACAGUGGACUACUGCUAUCACACCUAUUGCCGGAGUUGCAUACUAAAGCACCUGCUGCGAGCGGUUUACUGUCCGGAUUGCAAAGCCAGCGGAGGCAAGGAAAUCAAUGAGUUGAAUCUGAAAUCGGAUGAUACGUUGCGAUCGCUGAUCUAUAAACUGGUGCCGGGACUCUAUCAAAGGGAGUGCAAGGAGCUGGCUGAUUUCAAGGAGCAGCACGAGGAUUUGGUGGAUGAACCGACGACUGAUGAGCAGGAGUUCUUCACCACCACGGAACUCAUAAGCUUGUCCCUGGAAUACCAUCCCGCCAUGCUGCAUCAGUGUGGUCCUGGCGAGGUGCCUCCCACUAUUUACCUGCAAUGUGCCGCCGGACUGCCUGUGGAGCUACUGAAAAGGUUCCUCUGCUCCAAGUACAACAUAGAGGCGGACAACAGUUUGGUGGAAGUGGAGGUCACCUACAAGGAUGAGGUACUGCCCUCCAAAUUCACGCUGAUGGACGUGGCGUACUGUUACAACUGGAGUCGGGAAUCGCCCAUGGCCUUCUGCUACCGGAUUCUGCUUUACGACAACGAGCAAGCAAAAAACGAUGAGAACAACCUAUCCAGGAUUAACCAGGACAUUGAACCAGAGCACUCGGUACGUCGCCCCAAGUCGGCCAAAUCAGUGACCUUUGCCGAGGACCUGGAAUCGGAAAUGGACUCCGGCUCUCCGCGUUCCAAGGUACGGUGCAAGACUCCGCCAAAAGUUUCUCCCUCGUCGAAAAACAAACGAUUGACGACGAGCAAACGGGAAACGGAACCUGAAAGUCCGGUGAGCAACUUCAAAAGUCUGCGUAGCAACGACAUGCGGUACAGUGAUUACGCCGUGUCCAAAGUUAAAAGCGAGCCGGAACAGGAGCAGUUUCUUCUGCCGAGGGAACGGGAACAACAGCCUCUGGAGGCCAACACCAAUAUCGUGGUUAGCAUUCCACCCUCGCAACUCGGAAAAUCCUACGUAGAUGCCGAGAACUUCGAGCUGAAGACGGCAAAUCGAAAGGGAGUGGGCCAUUUGCCCAAAUUGAAGAUCGAGCUGAACAGCAUGAAGAGCAAGCUGAGUAUGCCAUUGUCGGCGGGUCCGCGACUGGAGGAUACCUCCUGCUCCUCACCUUCCUCAGCUCAACAGCUCGACCUGGAGACCUAUGCCAAGAACAUUGGCCUGAAGCCCAUUGAGCAGCCUUUACCGCACAGUGCAUCCAAUCCCGAUAGCAAAUACAGUCCCAAUGCCUCGCCCAUGUCCUCGUGCUCCAGCUCGACCAAUGGAUCCAGCGGCAGUAUGGGCACUGCCGAUCCCAGUACAUUGACCAGCACGUCCAGUUCCCAUCGCAAGCGCAAGAAGAAGCACUCCAAGGAGCCGAAGGAUUCGAAUGGCAAGCGAAAGAAGUUGCACGCGGAAAUCAGCUCGCAAACCGAUGGCAAAAUGAAGGUGAAGAUUACGGCCAAACCCAAUCAUAAAUUGGACUUUAAGCGCUCCCAUUCGCUGGCCAGCGGAGAGUUGGACCUGCAGAAGCUGAAACUGGACAGUAGUAGCACCUCAGAGGCUCUGAAUCGCACACUCGGCGAGGAGGCGAGGAGUAUCAACAGCCUGGUUGUGGGUGGGGCACCCACACCACCGCCCACGCCCACCGCCGAACCAGAACAGCAGCAGCAGCAACAACAGCAGCAGCAGCAGCAACAGCAGCAGUUUGUGUUGCUGCCCAAAAUGAAAGAGCUAACCUUGCCCACAUCGCCACCGCUGCCGCCCAGUUUAUUCAAAGCGUAUACACCCAGCACAACGCCAACUGCGCCACUCACAGUGCCCGGAAAAUCCAAGCAACAGCAAAUGCCACAUCAACCUCAGACUGUACUACAGCAGAGCCUGGCUAAAACCAAUACCGCCAAACCGCCGCUGAGCAGCAACAACAAUCGCAAGCCGAACAGCGGACACUUUGCGGUGCCACAGGCUCCAACCCACCGGAACAUGUACCACAUGCAGCGCUACCAGUCCACGCCCAGCUCGAUUGCCAGUGCGGCCAACAAGAUGCCAAAGCGAUCCAUGUCCCUGGACGAAUCGCAUCCGGCCAAGCAGGCGCGAUUGAGCCAGGCCCAGGCGAUGGCCAGCAGUUAUGCGGCCAAGCUGCACAUGCAGACGAGCAACCAGGCCAAAAGUCAGGCGGCCGCCUUUCUGCCCAAUCCCCAGAUGCGAUCCUAUGGCCUGCCCGAGCUGGGCGGCAAGCCAACGCUGCCACUGCUGUGCCCGGCCAACAGUUCGGGCCAAGUGACGAUUACGCCGCGUCCCAGAGCCACACCAUCGUCGGUGUAUUCCUUCUCGGAGCCAAAUAGCCAUGUGCCUGCGCUGGAAAUAGUGCGAUUGCCGGUGAGCAAGCAGAGCGCAGGAGGCAAGGGUCUAACGAUGCCACCACUCAGCCCGCCGGCAUCGUCCAGUGGCCGCCUGAUGGGACCACCAGCGGCUCUGCCCAAACAGGCUGGCGGACAUGGUGCGGCCAAGCGGAGCUGCCAAAUGCCGACAAUGCCAAUGCCGUUGCCGCUGCCGCUGCCGCUGCCCAUGCCGAUGACCACGAUUCCGGCGAUUGUCAAGUCGCCGCCGCUGUCAGUUGCGCUCAGUGGCCAGAGGAACAACAAGGGCAGCUCCUCGAACUCGAAUGCUUAUCGCACAUCACCGCCUGCAUUAAUAAAUCUGCGCAACACGGCCGCUCCACAGCCGCACUCGUUUCCAUCAAAGUCGAGCCCAAAGGUGGAAGCCAAUUCAAAGAAAUCCCCGCCAGCAGCUGGCUGCCAAGGCAAAACCAAUGGCACUGCCGCAUUGGACAAGUCCAAAACGAGUUUGCGCGAGUUUCGGCCAGCAGUGCAAGCGGCUCUAACAGCAACGGCCACAGCAACCACAUCGGCCACCAGUGCAGCGGGAGGAGCAGGAGCGGGAGCAGGAGCAGGAGCAGGAACAGCGUUAGCCAAGGAUGCCGAUAUACUUGAUUUAUCAGCUAACCCGGGCAGGAGCAACAAUGACGCCAAAUUGGCGCCCAACUCACCGCCCGCUGGCAACAACAAUAAUAAUAAUAACAACACGAAUAAUAAUAAUAACAAUAACAACAGCACAAGCAACAGCUUGGAGGCAGCCUUAAACAAAAUCAAACAGAAUAUAUCGGCGAACAGCAAUGGUGGACCAUCGACCACCACUGCUGGCGGUGGCAACCCGAAUGGCACUACCAACGGCGAUGAUCUGCAGAAUCUGCAUAUGCUCUCGGAAUCGGCAACGGCCAGGGAGAAGAUCUCCAUAAAGGCAGCCAGCGGUGGCAGCGGCAGUGGCAGCUCCAGUAGUACCGCCAAACCCAAGAAUGCCAAUGCGCUGGUGAGGCCACAGAAUGCCUCGGUCAGGAGCAUACCCAAUCCAUCGGCUUUGGCUUUCCGCAAUCAGCCAGCAGCGGCCAGCACAGCAGCCAGCAUCAGCAAACCGUUGACGGUUCGUGCCGAUGAAAAGCUAAAGGUCUCCACCAGCAAUCCGGGAUCUCUAAGUCCCAACACCACGGGCUGCAGUGCCAGCAGCUCUGGAUGCAGUGCAGCCACGUCGCCGCGGGCAAUGACCAAGAAACCCACGACCAUCGAUCAAGUGGCGGCCAAUUUGAAUAUUCGCGCCGAGGCCAAGGCCGCCGCUCUCGCCGAGGAGGCACCGCCCGUUCUCAGCUCCAAUGCGGCCAAAUCUCCGGAGUUGGCCAAAACGACCACAACGCUGGCGUCGCGGCCAGAGCCCAAGGAGACGCCCAUCACUGUGUCGGCGGCCAGCACACUGCUGACCAUCCCAGCCGCGGUCACCGGUGUGUCCGCAGUCCCGGAAUCCAUGGCCAAGCCACCCGUACAGAUUGCCAAUGCCCCGGUGGCGAGUUCCGCUUAGUCACAAGCGUUUCUUUGGCUGUGCGGAACGCAAAUGUAUCUUGUGGCGCCGCUGGAGAAUCUGCGAAAUACCGACAACAACUGAGGUGAUGAAAAACAACCGCCGUAUAAACAACUGCUGUAGCACAAGUUUUCCACAACCUCGCUCCCGAAGAAGAAGUGCAAUUUAAUCAACCAGUAGAAUGGAUCGUAAGCCUUAGAACUAACCCGAACAACACUAAGCAAUAUCUACACAGCGGAAUGUAUCUGUUGGAUGCGAAAACCGCAUCAUUUGCAUACAUAUGUAUAUGCAAACAUUUGCAAUCGAAUUAGUACGCGACUAAAUAAAUAAUCCAAGCGAAUUUCAAAAAUGCCAGCAACAAAAUUCAUUAAUAAAUAACCCAGCUGAGAGAAAGAGAGAGAAGCGAGGAGGAGAAUAAUAAUCAAAAGCGCUGGCGUUCGCUGGCAUUUUCGAAAGCAGGCAAAACAGCAACAACAAAAUUAAUUAUAAAAUAUCAACAGCAAAUAUGUGUUAAACCGCGAUAAGGUCACACGAACAGAAACAGAAACACAAACACAUGCCUUUAAUAGAUAGAUCUUCGUUUGGCCUUUUGCUUUUUGGGGAAAGUGCAAACGAUGGAAAUAACGAUGAAGUAAAACGUACUAAUACUAAUAAAUAGCGAAAUUAUUUUCAAAUGCGCGAUAGUAAAACGGUUUUAGGGUAAAGCCAAGAAGAGGAAAAACCACAAACUGAUACGAAAACGGAAAUCGCAUCAGGAAUAUUUGAUUACACACACAGCACACUCAGUGCCGAAAGUGCUUGGCCCACACCCUUCGGAAAAACUGCCACGAAGUGUGAAAAUUCGGUGGUGGUAUUGGGCUAGCUGCUAGAUUUUUUCGAAAGGAACACACUCGCGUAUAGCGAAAGAUACAGCCAGAUACCCGACCCGACCCGAUAUACUCGUACACACACUCACUCACGUUCCUCAGCGGGGCGAUAAAAUUUUAACGAUUUUGCGCCGCUUUGAGCGAGCGUGUCAGGCAUAAAGAUACAAAACAAUACUUGGGCAUAUACAAUAAACAAAAGCAAACAAAGCGGAAUAAUGAAAACAACAAACUCGCACUGCCACAGUGCGUAUAUUUCUAUACAUAUACCCAAAUAAUUAUAUAUAUGCAUACAUAUAUAUAUAUAUAUCUUGUAGAUACUCUGUCGCAUUAGUUGUUUAAGCGCGUUACGUUUAAUUGCAGCACGAAUUUUGUACAUAAAUUUAAAAAUCGAAGCCAGGCAAAAACAAAAAGCACACAACACACAGCACCCUUGGAAAUGAAUUUUAAUUUUUUUAGAGCUUCGACCAAAUGAAAUAUUUAGUAAUACAUACACAAACGCAAACACACACGCAUUAUGCAAAUAUUGAUAAACUUCUUCUUAUAUUUACGAUAUUCGUACACUCGAAAAAGGCUUUAGAUUUUCGUACAUUAAUUCUCCACUUGCUCUUAGCUGAUAUUUUUUGUUUUUUUGUUAUCUUGUAUAUGGUCUGUACAUAUUUUAAGCAAAGAAAGAAUUAUAAAGUUUAUAAGGGGAGCAAAGAAACCCUGAACUAUAUGAGUUAGAGGAAUAGCUGGAUUUCUAGACUAAGUACAUUGGUGGCAGAUCCACCCCAUUGUUUGUCCGUAUCUUUUUUGCAACCCCUGUCCGUCCGUUUGGCGGCAUCCCUCAUGAUCGGCGAGAAAUUAACAUAAUUUCCAGGCAAUCAAGCAAAUUGAAGGCCUCGGAUCGACGCAACCCGACCUCCAGCUAUUCCCCAGUAACAACUUUGGCUCGACUCCUGAUUGUUGUAUAUUUAUUUAUUCCUAUUAUUGAAAUAUAUAUGUACACUAUAUAUGUAUAUCUAGUUGUAUAUGCGAGCACUUUGAACGAAAGGCUCGACUUAUUUAAGCGAAUAUUAUUGUACUGUUCGGACACCUUAACUAAAUAAACCUAUAAAUACUUAAAUAUAACGCGUAUAUAUGUUUAGAAAUCUGAUUGUAUGCACAUCUGUAUGUAAUACUGUUAGAAAAACGCUCGAAAUGUAAUCCAAAAACCAAACAGACAAACACACACACACACCCCUCACACACUAAGUUAAAUUAGCUGAUUUUCGAAAACAAUAAAAACAUGAAAAAUGGAACACAGUGUAUAACAAA